ACAUUAAAAAAAUUAAAAUUUAAAAAUUAAUUUUGAAUUAAUUUUUUUUUUUUAAUUUUUACGUAAUAUUAUAUUUUGUAAAAGCUAAUUCUAAAAAAUUAUUUAAAUAAUUUCUUAAAAAGCUAUAAAAUAUGCGAAAUAUUUUAUAAAACUAAUAUUGUUUAAUUUUUAAUUAUAAUUAGAAUUUACAAAAUUUAUAUUAUUUUUGUUCAAAAAGAUUGAUUUUUUUCAUUUUUAUUAAAAACUAUUACUUAGAAAAUACCGGAAAAACGCAUAAAGGAAGAAAAAAAUAUUAUAUAUUUGAAUUGCUUCUGAGGGUUUUCUUUCCGCUAAAUUAUAACAAUAUAAAUAUAUAAAUAACCUUUUAACUUUAUAAUUUUCUUCAAAAUGAGAUUGUUACCUGCCGUUUUAUUUUUAUCUGGAUCCUUAUAUAUUUUAUCCCCAAGUUUUAAUAUAAACUUCUAUGCUUCUGCUGCAGAAGCUGAAGUAACCGAAGGUGGUGAUAAUUUGGAUGAUGACUUGGGAGGAGAUUUAGAAGGCUUAUUAGGUGAUGAUGCAGAAGGAGGAGCAGCAGGAGGAGAAGGUGCAGCAGCAGCAGCUAGCGCUGAAGGAUUAAGUGGUGAAGUAGAAAAUGAACUUUUAUACGUUAAGGAGGAUGAUGAUGAUGCACCUGCAGCUACACCUGAUGAAAAACCAUCAACCUCUGGAGAAGAAACUCCUGCUGCUUUCGUUGAUUUGGUAAAUGAAACUGUACCACCACCUGCCAAAGCACCUUUGCCAUUGCAAACAAAAGCUCCUCAAGGACCAAAAAUAAAGGACUGGAACCAAUGGAUGAAGCAAGCUAAGAAAGAUUUUUCAGGAUACAAAGGUACCAUGCAUACUCAAAGACACGAAUGGACCAAAGAGAAAGAAGAUGAACUUCAAAAAUUCUGUAAAUACUUGGAAAAGAGAUGGAUGAAUUAUACAGGAAAUAUCGAUAGAGAAUGCAGAUCCGAUUUCUUGAAAUCCACUCAAAACUGGAAUGAGAGCCAAUGGAAUAAAUGGGUCAAAAGUGAAGGAAAGCACCACAUGAAUAAACAAUUCCAAAAAUGGCUAGACUACAAUAAGUACAAGUUACAAGACUGGACCAAUACUGAAUGGAACAAAUGGAAAACAACUGUUAAGGAACAACUUGAUGAUGAAGAAUGGAAAAAAAAAGAGGCAGCUGGAAAAACUAAAGAAUGGAUCAAAUGUACCGACAAAAUGGAAAAGAAAUGUUUAAAGAAAACAAAGAAACACUGCAAAAACUGGGAAAAGAAAGCAAACAGCUCAUUUAAAAAAUGGGAAGGAGAUUUCACCAAAAAAUGGACUUCCAACAAACAAUGGAAUUCAUGGUGUAAAGAAUUAGAAAAAUAAAUGUAAGAAGAAAAAUUUAUAAAGAAAAAAAUAAAAUAAUUAUUUGAAAUUUGUAUCCUCAUUAAUGAGAAGAUAUUUUAUUUUUGUCUUAACAAAAUGUCUUCUCUUUGGAAUUAUUGUCAAUAGUCGAAGUACACUUUAUUUAAAUUAUACAAUUGGAAAAAGAGAAAUUGCGAAAUAUCUAUAAUUUGGAUGCUAAUCAAACAGAAAGAAGAUUGAAGAUUUUACUUUUUUUUUUACAGAAAUCUUUUAUUGGUUCAUUCUGUUUAGUUUGUAGAUAAACAGUUGGGUAUAUAUUGAAAAAGCCCAAAACAUGAAGAACAAGGAAAACUCUAGUAUAAUGCGAAAAAUUAUUUGUAUGUGCAAGAAGGGAAAAAAACUGAAAUAUAAUAAAUAAUGCUCACGUAAAAUGAAAAAAUGGAUUACUCGAUAUAAUCGGAACAAACACAAUUUAUAAAAAUUUGCAUUUAAAAUUAUAACUUUUGCAUCGCAUAUACCUUAUAAUAUCAAUUUAGAAUGUGCUUUACAUACCAUAUUUUGAUAUGUAUAUAUAUAUGUAUGUUUAUAUGUAUGUAUA